UAUUUCAGCAGAGCAGCAGCAGCACAACAAGCUGCUGGCGUGUUUGUCAGCUGACAGAUCUGUUAACCAAAUUGGGGUUUCGGUUGCUGCUGCCAUCUUUCGUGCCAUGGGGAGCCCACCAGCCAAGAUGAAGUUUUGCCCCAUCCACAUGCUUUCUGUAAGAAUCAUACAAGCUAAGAACAUCAAGUCAAGAGACCUGUGGACAGUUCCACUUUCGUGCCAAAACCUUGCGGGGCAAUGUUAUUCACUGCUUGAUACCAGUCUGAAGUAUUUAGGCAUCUCGGGCUGCAGUAGAAAUCUUCCGUCAAGUCCUGACUCCAGCUCUGAAAGACAUCACCUUGGAGAUUUCCUUUCACACCGUUGUCAAGCUUCACAAAUGACUGCAUCAGACUGCUAUGUACGUUUGUGGCUGCCGUCUGCUUCACCUGGAAAGCUUCAGACCAAAACCAUCAAGAAUUCUGACAACCCUGUCUGGAAUGAGACUUUCUACUUUAGGAUCCAGAGAGAAGUUGAGAAUGUUUUAGAAUUGGCAGUGUGUGAUGAAGAUCCACUCACCAAAGAUGACAUGCAGUUCACAGUUCUUUUUAAUGUUGCUAGAAUCAGACCUGGGGAGAAAAUCCAUGAGACAUUUGCCUUGAAAUCAGAGACAGAAAGGUGCUCAAAGAAAUGGGAAAGUUUGGAAGUGGAAUUCUGGAUGGAAAGAAUUGCCGGCCCUCCAGAGCGUCUCAUUACCAAUGAUGUCCUAGUGUCCCGUGAGGUUUGUUGCUUGGAAGUGCAUGUGGACAUUAAUGAAAGCAGGAAAUACUUGAAAGAGGGUAAAAAUCUCGUACUUACGGUGCCUGCAUCUCAUGAGAGAACACAGAAGACGACAGAGGACACCGAUACUUUCUACUUCCAUUGUGUGAAGGCUUGGGAGCCAGUUCUAAAAGUCAGGCUGCAGAAAGUUUCUGAUAAGGAAGAUGACAGCAACAAUUUAAGUGACACCUUAACAGUACCCUUGAAAUUUCUCCCCGUUGGACAUAAAGUGAAAGUAACCCUUCCCAUAAGACAUAAUGUGCCACUACAGUUGUACCUCCAACUAAAUGAUUGCACAGAAAAACUAGAUGUGCGCUUAGGGUAUGAUCUGUGCCAAGAAGAGCAAGAGUUCUUGCAUAAGAGGAAGAGAGUUGUUGCCGGUGCCCUGAAAAGGGUUCUUCAUUUGGAAAGAGAUCUACAUGGACAUGAGGUCCCAGUAAUAGCUGUUAUGGCAACAGGUGGAGGUCUCAGAGCAAUGUCAGCUAUGUUUGGCCAUCUCUUAGCUCUUCAGAAGCUAAAUCUGUUGGACUGUGUCACCUAUCUCACCGGGGCUUCUGGCUCAACAUGGACCCUAGCAGAUCUGUAUGAGCAUGCUGACUGGUCACAGAAGUCUCUGGAGGGGCCACUUAAGGCAGUAAAAGAACAAGUGACAAAAUGCAAACUCAACCUUAUGUCUCUAGACCAUCUGAAGUAUUACCACAAGGAACUUGCUGAAAGGGCAAAAGCAGGACAUGUGUCAUCUUUUACAACUCUGUGGUCACUUGUUCAGGAGAUGUUCUUACAUGAACAGCCAAGAAAAUACAAACUCACAGACCAGCGCAAGGCGUUGCAGCAUGGACAAAACCCCUUGCCUUUCUAUGCAGUCCUCAAUGUGAAAGAGGAGAAGUUUGGUACUUUCAAAUUUAGAGAGUGGGCAGAUUUCUCUCCUUAUGAAGUGGCCAUACCAAAAUACGGAGCCUCCAUUCCUUCAGAAUAUUUCGACAGCGAGUUCUUCAUGGGAAGGCGAGUGAAGAAGCUGCCAGAAUCUCGGAUCUGCUAUCUGGAAGGUCUGUGGACAAACAUCUUUACUAGGAAUUUGCUGGAUGGCUUGUACUGGUCCUCAAAUUCAAAUGAAUUCUGGGAACGAUGGUCCCAAGAUAUGGUAGAUAUAGAAAAACAUUCUCCUGAGGAAGAUGUUACUGUCAUUGAGCCUCCAUCUUGUUUGUCAGGAAAGUUGUAUGAAAUGUUUCAGGACAUUAUGACCAAGCGUCCACUACUGGGACAGUCGCAUAACUUCUUGAGAGGCUUAGAGUUUCAUAAGGAUUAUAUCCAUCAGAAAAAAUUUAUUGAAUGGAAAGACACUGUGCUGGACGGUUUCCCUAACAUUCUGACACCGCUGCAGAAAUAUCUUUGUCUGAUAGAUGUUGGCUAUUUCAUCAACACCAGUGGUGCAGCACUUUUCAAGCCGGAGAGGAAUGUAGAUGUCAUUAUAUCCCUUGAUUAUGGUUUGGGGAAUGUGUUCAAGCAAUUAGAGAUGACAUACAAAUAUUGCAAGGUACAAAAUAUCCCAUUCCCCAAAGUGGAGCUAAGUCCAGAAGAGGAGAAGAACCCAAAGGAAUGUUACAUAUUUUCGGAUGCAGAGGACCCCAGAGCACCCAUAGUAAUCCAUUUCCCCCUGGUGAAUGACACCUUUAAGGAAUUCAAGGAGCCAGGGGUAAAGCGUGGCCACUCAGAGAUGGAAGAAGGCGAAGUAAACCUGGAGAACAACUGCUCACCGUACUACCUCAUUAGGCUGAUCUACUCCUCUGAAAAUUUUGAUAAACUUGUGAACCUGAGCAAAUACAACAUCCUCAACAACAAAGACCUGCUCCUCCAGGCAAUCAGGAGCGCUGUAGAACGAAGGAGAAGCAGAAGGACUGGGAAUUUCUCCCGCUACUCUGGAUACCCCUAGGCUGGGUUUUUGUACUGUUCCCCACUGAAGGCUACGGCAGCACAUUGCAACACAUCACAGUCACAUUACCACACAUCACAGUGUUCAUUAUUUGCAGAAAACUGAGGAAACCUGUACAUUUCUCACCUUGCCAUGUUCAAGCGCCUAGCUUUCAAAACGGUUUAUUUAAUCUCCUUCCCCCACAUUUUCAGCCCACAAGAGCCUCACAAUGUGUUCUUACUUGUUAAGAAAUUAAGGUCCUGGUUAGCGGAGACCUCCCAGGAUCUCCUUGAUGUUACAGAGUUUGGUGGUGGUGAUAUUUCUUUGUAAGAGCCUGUCCCUUCAACCCUGAGCCCAUUGUCAGUGUCCUUUCAAUACUUCACUACAAAUCAAGUCCUGGCCAUUUGCAUUCAGUGAUGUCCAGAUUUUCAGAUAGGCUGAGCAACUAGAAUUUGCACUGAAUUGGUGGGCUCAGCUUUGAAGUCAGGCAUAUAUAUGUGAACAGUGGCCAAACUGCAGUGUGUACAAUUGCACUCUGUCUGGCUGAUUCCCCUUGCUGGUUUAGAAGUUACUCCUUUUUUCCAUUGCCCUGCAAGAGUUUGGCACAGAAACACUGCUCCAGACUGCCACAAAGGGGAAGGUUACAUUUCAAGAGAGAGAGGGUGGUAGCUGCAGUGAGUGAGCACAGUUCUUUUGAGCGUUGGCUGGAGGAAAAGUUCUGCAUAAAGCACAACUGAUCGUAUUGAUAUAUACCAGCAGUGCCUUUAUGCAUUAAAAUGUCAAGAGCCUGAAACAAGUUUUUCAUAGCAGAAGCUUGAGAGGAAUAAUUACCAUAGACUCAAGUACAUUCAAUUUAGUGAUAAUGAUAGAGAUACAAGCUGGUUCUCCUUACAGAUGGAAACUGAAUGUAGGACAACAUCAGUCACUAAAAGAGUCCAUAGCCAUUGUAUUUUCACACACAGAAGAUUUUUUCCGUUUAUAGUCUUCCAUCCCUAACAUCACAGGCAAAGUAUUUUUAGUAGGUGCUACAUAAAAUAGAGCACAGAUUGAGAAAAAUAGGACACACAUUUUCCUCCUUGCUGGAGGAAAAUAUUUGGAAAAUGACACCUGGUUUUCAUUUGCUUUGGAAUGCAGUGAGAGACUUUGCCUUGAACUAGAAGCUUGGAACAUCUUUAUAGCCUUUUACUAAAUUAAAAAGAUGAUAGGAAAGGAUGCUGAGCAAUAUAAAACAGAGCUCCACAGAAGUCAGAGAAGUUUGUGGACUUCCUCACACUGAAGGAUUUGGACCUGCUUCUGGAUUAUUUAUUCCAAACACAGCAUAUUCAUCAGGACUUCCAAGGAAAAUCUUACAUGUUUCUUCUGCACUGGAAAUUUACUUGAGAUCUAGAAUUAGUUGUACUUGAAAUCCAAAAUUAGACAAAGAAAGAGAAAGAGGGGUCUGCCUUUUUGGUAUGCACAGGCAAUAUUUAAGCUCAAAGGGAGAGCAUUUAUAAAAGAGUCGAUUGCCUGAAGCCUGCAUCUCCUAAAUGCUGCUUCUGCUGCAAUGUCAAUGCUAAGCCUCAGCAAUGCUUCUUGUACAAUGCUUACUUGCUGAGCUAAGGACUACCAUCCAGAACCUGAGGAGUCUUAACAGCUGGAAUGCAACUGUACUGUGGGAUUCAGGUCAUGAGAAGAUAAGAACUAAUCCGAUUCUGGCUGCAAGACAAAACAUAAAGAGCCAUUUUGAGCUGAGAGUUGAUCCAGCUGGAUCUGUUACCUUCACACAGAGAGCAGCAUGUGUAGCACAUACAAGCCCACAUGGCUCUGUGCACACAUGUGCACAGGGUGUGCACCACUUCCAUGCUCCCCUGGCUGGUCCUAGAAAGCUCUGCUGCUGUGAAAAGAUAACCCUGUUGUGUUAAUGGUCUACAGAAAACCAUCUGUAAUCCUUGUGAACCUUGGCAGCACGUGCCCAGCAGCAAGGCAGCUCAGCCACAUUGAGAAAAUUUGGUCUCUCAAAAUGCUCCACAGACCAAUAAUUGGGGCAUGUUUGGUGCAUUCAUAGUGCUGCUAAUGCAAACAGAAAGGCCCAGUAAAAUGUGAAGGAGCCACAAAACCACAAGGUUUUCAGGUAACCCACAGCUGGUGGAGAAUUACUGUUCUGAGAGACUGUUAAAUCCUUUUAUAAAGGAAGGGAAGGAGGGUGGGAGGAAGGGAUCUGUGGGUGGGGAAGGUGGUGUGACUCUGCUAGGAGAACUGCCACCAAAGGUUUUGCCAACACUUGGAGUCAGGCUGGGAACUGCUGUCUAAUCUUGCAGCCAGAGGCACAGAGAUGUACCCCUUCAUCUCCUUGGUGUCCCAUGUGGUACCUCUGUAGCCUUAAAUGAUAACAGUUUUUUCAAAUAUAUUUUUGCAUUUCAGAGCCUGAAGUUAUGUGAGGGCUGUAUCAUUGCCCAUCAGAGUGCCUUUUUGUUUCAUUUUGGUUGCCUUUUUGUUUUUGUAACAUGAUGUGGGUGUGGCACAAGGGAACACAGUUUAGUGGUGGACGUGGCAGUGCUAACAGUUGGACUGGAUGGUUGUAGAGGUCUUUUCCAACCUAAAUGGUUCUAUGAUUCUAUGACACUGGAGGAGUGUGUUGCUGGCUUGAUGGUGUAGUAGGAGGACCUGGAGGGCAUUUGUGAGGCUGCUGGGGAACUCUGGAGGUUGGAGGGACCUACACCUUGCACAGUCUUGUCUGUGCAGCUUGUGGAAGUGGUGGCUGGCACAGGUUGUCCCCCAAAGCACUCCUGAGCUCUGGUUCAGAGCAUACUGAUUUGCACUGCCCCCAAACGACAGAAAUAUAGGGCAUCGUUUCAGUGACAUAAGGCUGAUCAGUAAUCUGUGCUCAAGACUGGUCCUUAUUCCCUCUAGAGUAAACAUGGAGUCUAAAAUUUUGGCCUCUGAAAUUCUGUAUGUUUGUUCUUUAGACAGUGUGGAUUUUUUUUUUUUCCUUGGCCCCAUUCUUGCCUGGCCUAGUGCCACAUGCUGUGCUGUGACUGAGCAGAGUGCAUGCAAACCAAAGCAGGCUCUUCCAGGUGAGAGCUGCCUCUCUGCAUCUCACCGAAAAUAGGCAUGUGCCAUACUUAUAAACCAGGCCUUGCUGGUCUGGUGUUGUGUUUGCUUAAGCACUGAAGAUGAUUGCAUGCCCGCCAAAGCCUUGUCCGAAAUGCGCCCCAGAUCACUGCUCUCUGCUGAACAUUUUGCUGGAAAACCCCCAUGAGUACAGAGCUUGCUCUCUGCUGCCAAACACAAAGGAAAUGAGACUGUUCUUAUAACUAUUAGCUGCUCUUCAUAGAAAUCGCUUGCUUGUGUCUUUUAACUGUUUAGUAAUAUAUUAGUUAAAAAUAAAAUAUUGCAAAAGAG